AUGGAUGCCAUGACCAUUGGCCAAUAUUCGCAUGCCGAAUUGCCCAGGCUAAGCACCUCAAGAGUUUUAUGUAGACGAGACUCGCUCUCAUCGUCAAAGACUCGGGAUUCUGGAUACAAUAGCGAUCUCGAAGCUCUUUCGCCGCUCGAUCUACCUGGGUUUGGACAGGACCGGUUCUGUGAAACUAAUCCGCCAAUACCUCACGUCGUUAUCAAUUACUUGUCGUCGACGAUAAAGAGGUCCAUCAAUGUUGAGGGUUCGAAGCAAAUGCAUAGUGCGUCCAUAACAAGCAAUCCUGCUUCAUUGUGCACCACAAUAUGCCAGAGGCGACCUGCUUUCCUUUCCAAUCUCUUCGAGAGCGAAUCCAUGCAGGCAUGUUUGCCUCAACCUGAGUCUGAUGGCAACGUCACGGUCCACGACCAAGGUAUCGAGAAGUGGGUCAGAGAGAAUCUGCCUUCACGGGACCGACCCAAAGAGCGGGUAUCCUCAAUCGCAUCGCUUUCAUCGACGAGCAGCUGUGAGAUUUAUACGAGCACAGAUAUUAGUGAUGAUGAGCAGGAGCAUAGUUCCAUUCCUAUGCAGCUCUUCAGACCUCGGGCUACCGCGAAGAUCAUCCACUUGAUCCUCCGUAAGGUGGAGGCCAAAUUGUGUCAAGCUGCUUACAGGCAUUGCACGAAUAGAACCACAUCAGUCCAACGAGUUGCACCUGGCUUGGUUUCUCAGCAGAGUAGCCACAAAGCAUCACAGAGCUCCGAGCAUAAGCGCAAGUAUCAUCCUGAAGGUAGCCUGCCACCUGAUGAUGAUGAUGAUGAUGAUCAACCACACAAACGCCGCGGUAUUUCUGCUAGGAUUAUGAGCAAUUGUUCGGAAAUGGGUGUCAAAUUUGCGUGCCCCUUCUACAAGCACGCUCCCGAUCAGUAUCGUAACAGGCGAACGUGCCCUGGACCUGGAUGGCCAACCGUUCAUAGGAUGAAGGAACAUUUGUACAGAUCACAUGCUCAGCCUAUUUUCUGCCCGAUAUGCUACUCGACUUUCAAGUCGGACAAGGAACAGUUAAACCAUGUGCGCUUACAACAAUGCCAAAGAUCAGCGCCGCAACAGAUGGAUGGUAUCGACAGAGAGACUGUGUGGACUCUGCGGAAGCGCACGACUGCUUUUCGAUUAGAAGAGGACAAGUGGCGGGAUGUGUAUCAUGUACUGUUUCCGGAUGUGGUCGAUGGUGACAUACCAUCACCUUUCUACGACUGUGACUCUCCCAGCGAGUCAUCACGGCGAUUUCGUCGAAAUUUGCUUCGAAGAGUGCAAGCUGAGCUUUUUGCUGAAGCUGAGCAAAUGCCAGGUCCAGUGGAGCAGCGGCUCCUGCAGCGGGUAGCACAGAUCAUUCGCAAUUGUGAAGAAGAUCUUCUAAGAGUUGAUACUUUUGCUGCCGACGUGCAAAUUCCUGAACGACGUGGAAGCAUUGGCUCCACUUUAAGUAUGUUAUCGACAACGUCAUCCUCGGGGCAUGCGACUCCAGCACAUACGCAACCAGUCCAUUGUCCACCACCAUUGUUUACUCACCAACUGCCGACACUGGGAUAUAGGCCAAAUCCGGAUAACUUUACUGUUAAUCAGCCUACCGAUGUAUCGUGUAGCCCAGCGGAACAGUGUACUCAGCCACCCGUUGUAUUCACGCCUGUAACAUGGGAUGACUCGACAUAUGAUACCUUUGGUCUAGGAAUUGAUUGGGAUGACAUCUUUACUCCAGGAUUGGAAGCACUUCACACUGGCACUAUGGAGCCCUUUGCUGGGAUUCCAACGCCAGUGUAUACUUAG